AAACGGUAUCUUACCGACACCGACUUCAGUUCUUCAGCGAAAUCGAAAGUUGAGACAACACGCGUUCUUUCAAGUGCUAUAAAAGAGUUGCUCUUUCAAAAUCGUGAAAAGUUCCGUAUGAAAAAUGAUAAAAUUGAACGUUAAAGGAUAGUUCGAGUGGACCAUUGAGAUUUUCGUUCGCGGUGAUUUUCGUGAAUUUCGACAAAAUGCGCUUCUUCGGUUUUUUGUGUUUGUUGGUGACUUUCUGCAAAUGCUCGUUGGCAGAACCUACAACGAUACGUUACGUGUAUAAUUCCUCGGACCUCUCCUAUUACUCAAAUGGUAUACAAUUCCCUGCUCCUGAAAACGAUUUCAUGAAUCCCAUUGUAGGGGAACUUGAGAACCAGGAAAAGCAGCCGGAUAUGUUGUGGAUACGGGAUUUGUACGAUCACCAUAAAUGGGUCGGAUACGCCAACAAGUUAAACAACACCAGAUGCAAGAAGGACCUGUUGACCUACAUCAGUGAGCUCAAUAAUGGAACUUCCUGGGCAACCAAAAUUUACGAUUCAGCAGGGAGGUACUACGGGCAAUUUUUUUUUGGUAAUGAUUAUUGGCUUGGAUCAUAUACUCUUUGUCAGGAGUUGUCUAACGAGGAGAGCAACGCAGAAAUUCCUCCUUUUCCACUAAAAUUCUAUAUGACGAAGUUGAGGAUUAACAUAAACAGAAAACUCACACCAGUGACAAGACAACUGAAUAUAGGAGAAUGUAUACCAGCUUCUUGUACCAAUAAUGAUCUGAAAAUUCUGUUUCAACAAGAACCAAAGCAAGGAGCUUCGAUAAAUAUCAUAGAUAUCAGACCUGUUCCAGGAGACUACUCACUUCUUGGUGAUGUUAAGUUCAGUAUUGUGGGAGGUACAGCAUUUUUCGUUGGAAUUUUGAUGUUGAUAGCCUCUAUUAUCGAUGUUGUUUUGAAGAGGAAAAAUAAAGUUAACAAUGAAGAACCUGACUCAGAAAACAAUAAUUCAAGUCCAGAGGGUUUGAAGGGAAGCAGAGAGUUAGUAAUAAACAAAAACAAAAGAACGAAUAAUUAUAUGUUGAAACUGCUUUUAGCUUUUUCUGCUGUUGAAAAUGGCAAGAAAAUUCUGAAUGUCGACAACAUUUCUAGGAAUGCCUUGACAUGUGUUCACGGACUGAGGUUCUUUUCUAUUCUUUGGAUUAUUUUGGUACAUACAUACUUGGAAAUCUUCAGUGUUGCUGGAAAUAAAAAUGUGAGGAUCAUUACAGAAAGAACAUUCCUCUACCAGACAAUUUCGAAUGCUACAUUCUCCGUGGACACGUUCUUUUUUAUAAGUGGACUCCUGGUGACAAUAACAUAUUUCAGAGCUGAAGCAAAAAAAGAAAAAUCAAGUAAAGACGAAACCACAUCUCAUAUUAUUAAGACCAAUACAGGAAAAUUCUCGCUGAUGAUAUUUUACAGAUUUUUCCGUUUAACACCAGCAUAUCUAUUUGUACUUGGAGUUAAUGAGCUAAUCCUGAGAUAUUUACAUAACACUUCUGUAUUUUCACCAGCCAUUAUAGACCACAUUACAUGCAGUGAAUAUUGGUGGAGAAAUGCUCUUUAUAUCAAUAACUUUUUUCCGCAAACGGAAUUUUGUAUGCUGUGGUCAUGGUACAUGGCGAACGAUACUCAAUUUUACUUUAUUGCAUCGAUACUUUUACUUAUAGGAGUGCGGAGUAAUCGUCAUUUGAAAGCUGCAGCAUGUAUGAUAGGAGUUUUUCUAGUAACAUCAUGGGUGACAACAUUCAUUAUAGCCAUGAAAUACAAUUAUGUAGCAAGAGUGGAAGAACCUUUCACCCUAUUUGACCAGUUGUAUGAUAAACCUUGGUUAAGGAUAGGACCGUAUUUAAUAGGAAUGAUUAUAGGAUAUUAUUUAUUUAAAGUGGACUGCAAGGUCAAACUAAAGAUCUCAGUUGUAGCAGCUGGUUGGAUAUUAUCUCUUGGAUGUUUAGCUGUUUUGGUAUAUGGUUUAGGUAGAGAAGGAUUGGUUGUACCUGCUUCUGCUAUUUACGCAUCAUUAGGACAUACUGCUUGGGGAUUAUCUUUAGCUUGGAUCACUGUAGCCUGUGUAGCUGGAUAUGGAGGACCAUUGAACUCUCUUCUAAGUUGCAAACUUCUUGUACCUCUGAGUAGAUUAACCUAUUGUGCAUAUCUUAUUCAUCCAGUACUAAUGUGUCUCACAAGUUUCUUGCUGGAUGGCCCAAUUCAUUUGCAUAACGUUUUUGCAAUGGUGAUUUUCUGUGGAAAUGCGGUCAUUUCUUUUCUGUGUGCCUUCUUGAUAUCUUUGGCUUUUGAAGCACCAGUUGUGAAUUUACUCAAACUGAUUUUGUGAAGAUGAAUUUUCACUACAUACUAUGACAUAAGUGACAAUAUACCCAAAAGACUACAUAUUAAAUUUAAGUACUUAAAUUAAGAAUUGUAAAUAAAAUCGUUAUUUUUUAAAA